AUGAGGCGCAUAUCGAAUGGCCAAAAUGGAAGAAGAGUUUCAACAUCUACAAAGUGGCUGCUGGGAUAUCGAAAAGAAAAAAAGAAGAACAGUUGGCAAUAUUUCUACACAUUAUUGGUGAGGAUGCCAGAGAUGUUUUCGAUACAAUUAAUACAUCAGCAGAGGUACUUGAUAUUGCAAUUGAGCUAUAUUAUAUAUUAUAGGAGCUGUAUUCUGCAACAAGGUCAACAAACUAGAAGGGCCUAGAGCAUUCAAUAAGACAAUUCAGUGGUACGAGGAGCUGCAAAUUCAAGGCUGGUUAAUCAAGUUUAAACUGGAUACUAGAGCAGAAGCCAACGUCAUUCCAUUCUCAGUAUUGAAGGAAGUGGGAUUAACACCGAUCACAGUGAAGAAAUGUAAGAAAAAUCUCAUAAAUUAUUCUGGUACAGAUAUUAAUGCAGUAGAUAAAAUUAAUUUGUUAUGUAAAAUUAAGUCAAUCGAGGAGAGAAAUUUAGAGUUUUUUGUUGUAAAUAAUAAUGAUUGUGUACCAAUUUUAGGAUUAGAUACAUGUGUGCAACUUCAGUUAAUUAAUAGAGUAGACUUCUGUCAAAGAAACCCUAAUAACGUAAAUGUAAAAUGGGAAAUAGAAAAAAACCUUUAA